AUGUCACAAGCUCAAAAAAUAAAUUCUACAACAGUGCAACGUCGUGGAAAUGACACCCAACAAUCACAAGUUGGAGGAGGAGAAACAGAAGUAGGUACUGAAAUAUCACCAAACAAACUUCCUAAUAUUUCGUCAAUUGGUGACGUUAGAAGCAUUAAUAACCCUGAAAACAACGAUAACAACGAUAAAUCAUACAGUUUUAUAAAAGCAAUUCGAAAGCACUUGUCUGAUUUGAAUCCUUCAUUAGUUUUAGAAAAUAGAGCCAGUGUUGCAAGAGAUCAUUUAGCCAUCACGCAAUUAUUUAGGCUGAAUCUGAAUGGGAAGAAAUCUGAUGAUAAAGUUGGCAAACCAUUAGGACUAACAUUUGUGGUCCUAGGGAUCAUAUUUCUCGUUAUGGGUAUUAUAAGAUAUUUUCAUUCCCAAUGCCUUAUGACACAAGGCAAUUUUCCUGCCAGCAGAGGAAGCAUCAUAUUUGUAACGGUCGUGACCGUUGUGUCACUGGCCGCCUGUCUAGUAGUCAUAUUGACUAUGGAACUAGAUAAAUAA